GUGAUUGGUCACAGCAGGUCACAUGCCUGCAUUGCUGAUCGAGUGGGGAAAAUCUGUCAGGGCAUUGUUACAAUCUCCCUGUGCAUACAUAGAUUAAACUUUGGUGAUGUAAGACAUGGAUGCAGCUGCUUGGCCAUGGCAACCCAUUUCAUGAAGCUGUCUACGCACUGUUGUUGUGCUAAUCUGAAGGCAACACGAAGUUUGGAGGUCUUUAGUUAUUGAUUCUGCAGACAGUUGGUGACUUCUGCGCACUGUGUGCUUCAGCAUGUGCUGACCCCGCUGUCAUUUCACGUGGCCUACCACUUUGGGGCUGAGUUGCUGUUGUUCCCAGUUGCUUCCACUUUGUUAUAAAACCACUAACAGUUGUCAGUGGAAUAUUUAGUAGCAAGGACAUUUCACGGAUGGACUUAUUGCACAGGUGACAACCUAUCAUGGUACAAUGCUUGAAUUCACUGAGCUCCUGAGAGUGACCCAUUCUUUCACAAAUGUUUGUAGAAGCAGUCUGCAU